CCACUUGUGUGCAGCGGGGGCGGGGGCUACAUGGCUCACGGAAGCCCAGCAACACGCCUUCCCCGCAUGGCUCCGAACUCCAGCCUGAGAAUCAGAGCUGGGCCCCAGGCGCAAAGUUCGGCUCCAGGGCGCAACUUCCUUCGGGCGCGGGGAGUCGGUUCGGGGUCCCUCCGGCCCGGCGCGAGUGGAUCCUGAGCGAGUGAGAGCCAGGCUCGGGCUUUGCCUUUUUGUCUGAGGUCUUCAGUGAGAUACGCAGAAAUGGCUGAACUUGCCCAGCUAAUUGACAGCGAGGUGUUCCUGGCUUAUGCUACCUACACAACCAUUGUCCUUUUAAAAAUGAUGCUAAUGAGUCUUAUAACAGCAUUCUUCAGAAUGACAAGAAAGGCAUUUAGUAACCCAGAAGAUACAGCAACGUUUGGCAAAGGUGAGAAUGCUAAGAAGUACCUGCGGACUGACCCAGACGUUGAACGUGCGCGCAGAGGCCAUCUGAACGACCUUGAAAACAUUGUCCCGUUUAUUGGCAUUGGUCUGCUCUAUGCCCUGAGCGGCCCUGCUCUGUCCACAGCCUUGCUGCACUUCAGGAUCUUCGUUGGGGCUAGAAUCUUUCACACUAUUGCGUAUUUGACACCUCUCCCCCAGCCCAGCCGAGGCUUGUCUUGGUUAGCUGGGUAUGCAGUUACCAUCUCAAUGGCAUACAGGGUGCUGAAAACUGGAUUGUACCUGUAGCUAGAACACAGCCUCAUCACCCCCUCGACAUUCCACAUGAAGUUUCCAACAGUGCACUAGAUUAAACAUGGCUAUCUUAAAUGAACUUUCAAAUCUUUGUAACAAUUUUUACAUGGUGACUAGGGCUGCAUUUUUAACAAAGAGGCUCUUCAUUCCUGUUUGAAAUGUUUCUCUUCAAAGCAAAAACGUUCCCUCCCCAUGUCCUCUCUAUUCACAGUCUGCUUUGCCAAAAAACAUUAGUUUGAAUGUUCUCUCUGUGAUUUGUUGAAGGCUUAAGAUUCUGAACAUAUGACAGUGCUGUAUCUAGAGCAUGGGUGGUGAUUUUCUACAAAUGCAUUCUUUUGGGCUGUAUCUCCGAAGCCUAAAUCAAUAAAGACGAGAAAAAAAAAUAAGUGUGUUUGAAUUUUUGUUUUUGUUUUGACUCCUCUAACUGCAGCCAGCAAAUAGGAUGUCACAAUGAAUCAGAGAGAGAUUCAAAUCAUACAGUUCUUUUGAGGAACGUUUACCUUAAUAAUAAGAUAUAGCAAGUAAUGCCAGGCCUUGCAAAGAAUUUUUGAUGAAAUUGUUAUUGGUGUAAUCCACUAUGGGAUUAAAAAAUGAAACUCCAGCAGAUCAAU